AGAAAUGCACUUCCUGCUGCCACUCAUCAUGGAGCAACUGCGGGAUGCGGACAGCGACAUCAGCACUAAGGCCCUGGUGGUGCUGCGACACGUGGUGCACGUCAUGGGCGAGGAGACGGUGGCCAGCAUUGCUCCGCAGCUGUCCGCGGAGCUCCUGCUGCUCUUUGAUGCCGACGCUGUCCAGGUGCGAGUGCUCUCCACGCGGCUCUUCAGAGAUGUGCUGGCGAUUGUGCUGGGCACCAAAGACCAGCAGCUGCAGAAGCAAGUGCGCAGCAGCCUGCUGCCACUGCUCUUCCACAUGCAGGACGAGAGCUGCAGCGUGCGCCAGGCCUCUCGGGAAGCCCUCCUUCGCGCUGCCAACUUCCUCAAGUGGAAGCAGCUCAGGCAGCUGGUUGAGACAGCGCAGACGUGGAGGAUCGGCGAGUGCCUGCUGGUGAGGGCCAGAAGAGCAGAAGAGUACCUGCACCAGAGCCUGACAUACUUGGAGAGCCCACAGGAGUCCUUGCGAGAGGCAGCCGUGAGGUUCACUGGGCUUGUCGGGCAGCACCUGAGGGGCCGGAGCAAGGAGAAGCUGGAGGACAUCUGCACGGCCCUGCAAGGCUUGCAGGAGGACAGCAGCCCGUCCGUCUGUUGCCUGGCGACGCAAACCAUCCUGCUCCUGAGAGCUCCAGGGAAGAUGACUCCCUCCCCAGGCACCCUCCAAGGCCUGUGCUACCGCCUGAGGAGAGCGUGGGAGCGGUGGCACUGUCCUCUGCGCGGUGACUGUGUCUGCUGCUGGAGCUCGGCUGCCUCCUGAUGCCAGGCUGCUCUGCCCGCAGCGGCCACCUGAGUGUGCGGGGAAGUCGGGGGGUUCCUGGCCUCUCUCCCUGCCCGCAGGACAGCUCCGGCCCUCAGGCCCAGCCCGUCCCAGGCUUGUGCUGCCAGUCCCCCCUCUGCUGGGCUUUCCCCAAAGAAGCAGCCCUGUCUCUUCA